AUGAGAGAUAUUGUCAUAUUUGCAGGAUCAUCUAAUGAACCACUUGUGCAGAGAAUCUGUCACAACCUUUCCUUACCACAGGGUAAAGUACUAUUAAAGAAGUUUGCGAAUGGAGAAACGUCUGUACAACUAGAAACGUCUGUUCGUGAGAAAGAUGUCUUUAUAUUACAAAGUGGAGCAGGUGAGGUUAACGAUUAUUUGGUUGAACUUUUGUUGAUGAUUUCAGCAUGUAAGAUGGCCAGCGCAAAGAGAAUUAAUGUGAUUAUGCCACUCUUUUUUUACUCACGUCAAAUGGACAUGCCAGCAGUCAGGACUGGGGAAAUAGUUCAAACCAGUCAAGGUACCACAGGUUCAUGGAUUGCUCAGAAUGGGAUGCUGAUUGCCAAAAUGCUAACUUCUGCCGGUGCAAACCAUAUAAUUACGAUGGACUUGCAUGAUUCACAAUACCAGGGAUUUUUCGACAUACCCGUUGAUAACCUAUACUCGAAACAACUUGUACAAUAUUAUAUUUCCAACUUCAUACCAAAGUAUACAGAUGCGGUCAUUGUUUCUCCGGAUGCUGGUGGUGCUAAGCGUGCUGCGGCAGUGGCAGAUUCAAUGUCCUUAUCGUUCGCAUUGGUCCAUAAGGAAAGAAGAAUCGAAACCAACGAAGACAUGUCAAUGUUGGUCGGUGAUGUGGAGCAUAGGGAUUGUGUUAUUGUUGACGACUUAGUGGACACUGCCGGCACCUUGAUCAAAUGUGCAAAAUUACUCAAAGCUAACGGCGCCAAUGAUAUUUAUGCCAUUGUCACGCACGGUUUAUUCAGCGGCGAUGCUAUAAGCAAAAUGAAGGAGACCAAGUUGUUUAAAAAAAUAGUUACCUCAAACAGUGUGGACCAAACCGAAAGAGCAAAGGAUGCGAAUAUCGAUGUUCUUGAUGUCUCAAGAAUGUUUGGAGAAGCCAUUAGAAGAAUAAAUAAUGGUGAGUCUGUCUCUAUAAUUUACAACUGCAAGAUUUGA